AUGGACGCUCCCUUGGCACCCCCCGUUCGUCUACAGGCUACGUCGUCCAACCCUAUUUCUACGAAAAAUGCUCAAAAGAAUAUCACGGCUUUUCUUGAUGACUUUGAAGCUCGCAGUAUAUCGUCUGGAGGCCCAAAUACUGCUGUGACGGUGCAGCUGCAAAAAUUGAAGGAUGCUCUGCGUGAGGAGCGUAAGCAGAAAAGGGCGGUCUAG